UUGUCUGCUGAUAAUGGAUAACAAAGUAUUCGGUUGGAGAAAAACUCCCUUCCAAAUACCAAUGCGGACAGGUCUGUAAAUUAUUCAGUUUCAAUACAAAAGCGUCUCUUCCUUAUCCACACCAACAGUACAAAUUACCUUUUAUUAGGAGUCAAAUAGUUUGGACACACAUGAGACGCAGUCUUGUCCCUAUUAUAUGUUAUCUGUUAAUAUAAUCCGCCUAAUCUAACCUGCAAUAAAACAUUGUGUCUGUCUCUAAGAGCAGCCCGGCCUACCAAAAAUGUGACUUGCAUUUCAACCUCACACCUUAUCUAUUCACAGCCUUUACAAAACAAACUAUUUUUUGUAAAGUUUGUUUUGGGCAUUGUUCUCCAAAGCAGCCCAGUAUGACACAUAUCCAUAUCACAGUCAUUAGUGUCAUUUCCGGUUACCUCAUUUCCUGUAAGUGCUUUUCUAUUGUCUGCUGAGCACAGCGGUUUAUACAAAGCUCUACAUAUGUUUCUACUCGGAUCACUUUAUGCUGUUACGGGGCUUAUUAAUAGCUUAAUAUACAGAAAGUAAAACCUGCACAUAAUUAAAGUUCAUGAGUCCUAUUAUUAAGGGUUGGUUCCAAUACUUUUAUGUUUCUAAAGUAGGCUUUCAUGUUCUGGUAUCAUACAGAUAUACGACUCAAAAUUGCAACCAGCCUGUUUUUCCUUUUACAACGUGUCAGUGUGACCCCCUCUUGAUGAACAACAGCAAGCUAGAGGUUCUCGAUUUACAAACAUUUCCUCAGGUCAUGGUAUUGUUUCUUGAAGAGCACCGGGACGAACCCCCGGCAUGCUGAACUCGGGAGGGUUAACACUCGCCUCUGUGCUCCCUCCUCCUUGAUGACUACAGGCUGGAGCCACAGCGGCUGUGUGCAGCGCGCACGUUUCCACAAGUCAUACACACACACACAGAGCCGGAGAGAGAUAUAGAGACGGAUUGAGAGAGAGAGAGAGAGAGAGAGAGAGAGAGGGGAGAUAACUGCGUACAAACUUCUGUGACUCCUAACCGGGACCUUUUCCUUUUCUUUUUUUUUUUAUCAGCGAUACUUUAAGUUUUCUUUUUCCUUUCUUACCGGCAUCGCGUCGAUCCAUGGGACUGCAGGUCUGGCCGCCAAGCAAACCGCCACCGUCCUCCAUGGCCUGCCUUGACGUGGAGACCCCCACCGUCUGCAGGGGUAAAUACAAAUCAGUCCUGCAGCUCUGCCUGCAGCAGAGACGCAGCCGGGAGCAGCUUGUGGAACAGGGCAUCAUGCCACCGCUGAAGAUGCCUGCCGCCUUCCACGACCAGAUCCGGCACCUGGAGAGAGCCAGGACAGGGAACUUCUUGAAGCACAAGAUCUGCAACAGGCCGGAGCGAUCGGAGCUGGUUCGCAUGCACAUCCUGCAAGAGACCCAGGCUGUGCCCUCCCUGCAGGCCACCCAGCUGAGACUGAAGCGGGCCAGGCUGGCCGACGACCUGAACGAGAAGCUGGCCCAGCGGCCCGGUCCCAUGGAGCUGGUGGUGAAGAACAUCCUGCCCGUCGUCGACGCCGUUGCUAAGGACGAUCCCCCUGCCGACCAGGGGAAUGACCCUAAAAUACAGGAUGUGUACGAGUUUGACGAGAACAGUACUGACUCCCGACCGGCUGCAGUGUCCGCAGAGCAAACCCCUAAACAAGCACCACAACAAGCCACAACAACCACGUCCGUCCCGCCGAGAGAAGCCGCAAGGACAGAGUCUAGUCCACCUCCUGCCUGCCAAAACCACACCCUGUCGAUGAUAAUGAUUAACAAGCCAGCGUGCGUUUCCCCUCCCGCUGAAUCAUCCGUCAUGUGUUCCGUCUCUGUGGUCUGUGGGUCCUCUCAGACUGGCUCUCCGCUCACCCCGAAACCCUCCCCGGAAUCACCCGGGUGCCACGGGUGCACCACGCCGGAGCAGCAGCAGCCCGGCAAGCAUCUGGCUGUCCUGCCGCCCCUCGCCUCCGCGGCCCCUCCUGUUCGAGGGCCCAUCCUCGUCAAGCAAAGCCAGCCCAGACCCAGCGCCGCCGAGAAGAACCGGGGCAAAAAGGGCCACAAAGACCCCAAGCCGCGAGUGAAGAAGCUCAAGUACCACCAGUACGUGCCCCCCGACCAGAAGCAGGACGCCGGCCACGAAACGCCCCUGGACUCGGCCUACGUGCGUCUCCUGCAGCAGCAGCAGCAGUUCCUGCAGCUCCAGAUCCUGAACCAGCAGCAGCAGCAGCAGCAGCAGCAGCAGCAGCGAAGCUACGUCUGCCAAGCGGGCCCGCAGCCCGCCACAUUGAGCGAUGGCUCGGCGCGUUCCACCCGGACUCCGCCCCCUAGCAUGUCAGAUCACUUACCCUACAAUGUGGAUGAGAUGAAGGUGGCCGAGCUGAAGGCGGAACUGAAGCUGAGGGGUCUCCUCGUCUCCGGCACCAAGAACGACCUCGUCGAGAGGCUCCGCAUGCAUCACGACAGGUCAAAGGGCAGCCCGUCGGUUGCCGUCGCCUUGGAUAGGGUCUCACCUGGCGCCGCCACCACCGCCGCCGCCAAUGCUAGGGUACCAAAGUGUGAAAACCCUCCCAGGUCCCCUCCCCCAGUGUCCCCGGUGGCCUUCAAGGUGUCCAGGAUGGGCCUGGAGGAAAGCGGCGGAACGGACUCAGAGACCCGCCCGGCUCUUCCCGCCGGCUCCCCGGGGAAGGAGGCGGCGGGCCCCUUUGGGGGGUUGUGCCGGGGCCUGGAGAAGGACCAGCGGCUCCACGAGAAGGAGCGUCAGAUCGAGGAGCUGAUGAGGCAGCUGGAGCGGGAGCAGAAGCUGGUGGAGGAGCUGAAGCUGCAGCUGGAGGUGGAAAAGCGGGGGGGCCCCCAGGAGGAGAGCGCGGUGGCACCGAGGCGGCGCCACAGCCCCUCGCGCCCCGUUCGGGUGAAACAGGAGUUCUGCGGUUCUCCGGACAGGAGCACUCCGGAGCGGAGCCCAGAGCAGAGUCCCCCAAGGCAGUUCUUCUUGGAACAUCAACGGUUGCCUCCGACUCAAACCCUGCAGCCGGGGGGGACUCGACUGCAGCAUCAGGCUGUAUCCGCGGCAACGGUCAAGCUGCCCGACAACAGACUGCACACAGCUGUGACCGGUGGGGCCCCAGACGAUAGCCAGACUCAAGAACUGAUGCCACAGAAACAUGAAGCCUCUGGUUCCUUGCAACAGCAGUGUCACAGCCCCAGCCCGAGGACACAGAGUCUACUGAGCACCUCCCCAGGCCUUGGCUCCCAGCCGAGGGCCACACAGAGCCAAGCCGCAGAAGACACAGCUCAACAAUUACUCAACACUGCCCCUAAUCAUCUACAGCCAACCAUGGCCUUGAUGUCCAAAUUUAAAGACCCACCACGCUAUGAGGACGCUGUCAAACAGACCCGCUGCAGGCAAACCGCUAUGCAGGUCCCCACCACUCUCAGCCAACACAUGGAUGACCUGUUUGACGUCUUGAUUGAAAGUGGAGAAAUCACCCCCUUCAUCAGACACGAUCCCUCGUGCCCGGACAAGCUCACCCCAGUGACGGCCAACGUCACCACCCUGCCCAUCAACACGGUGUUGUCCCGCCCCCCGGCUCAGAUCCAAGUGGCGCAGCCCCCGGACGCCGCCGCCCUCAACCCCUCGUCCAGCUUGAUGGCCUUGGUAACCAUGGAGACGAUGAUGGAAGGCACGCUGCACAAACAGCUGCUGGAGCAUCCGCUGGUCAGUAACAUGGAGCUGGACUUCAGUGACGACAACAACCCGCUCCCCUUGGCCGGCCAAAUGCACAACGCCCAUCUGGACACAAUGGACUGGUUGGACCUCACCACCUUACCGUCGCACGGCCACGAGGACGCAGGCACUCACCUGGGAAUGUCCCCUGAAUCAGGGGUCUUCUCCUCCGACUUCCUGGAAUCCCCGGAAUUUCAGUUGAACUGGGAAUAAGGCCACUUUGUUGUUGUUCCUGGUCACGUCCUGGUUAUUUAUGACGAAAAAAGUUUGUACUUUUCCAGAAAAACUUUUCCAGUGUGCGCUUUGUUUUCCUGAGCAUUCAUGCUAACUCUAACUGGCUAUUUGUUUCUAGCUUCAAGCUAGCUUUACCCAGUGUUGUCUUUAAGGUGUAGUAAGCAGUUGUAUUAUUCCAUGGGAUGGUAAUACAAUUGGGUGUUUUGUGUUUCACAACUCAGUUGUUAAACUUUGAACAAUUAUUUCAGAAUUGUCAGCUGAAAUGCUGGGUUUGAAAUUACUAGUACUUACAAGUAUUUUGACUUGUUGUUCUCUUCUACAUUUCAGAGCAAACAUUUUUCUUUUGCCUUUUGUAUUAUUGGGAGGCUUUUUUAUACCUGCUCAACCAUCAAAUUUGUUAUUGUUUUUCUGCUAACAAUAGCAGGAAACUAUUAAGCCAACCUAAACUGGAUAACUUCAUAUUCGGGUUGUGAAUGUGACUUCACACUACGUGGAAAGAUACAGUAUUUUUACUUUUUAUACAUUUUUCAUAACGACAUACAUGCAUAAGUACAUAUGAUAUUGUAGAGCUUUUUUUUGUAGAAAGUUCAGUGAAAUACUUUUAUGACUAUUAUGUAGAAAAUGUUUUUACAUGCAUUACAUUUUUGACUUUUGACCUAUACCACGUGGUAUCCAACAAUUGUCAUCUUUAUAUUUUACUGUGUUUCCUCUAAUGUCUAAAUAAUCCUUCCGGUAUUGUAAAAAAAAAAAAAAAAAAUGGUACAAAAUGGGGUUAAUGCACUUUUCAGCGGAUGUGUGCUGAAGUUUUGUUUUUGUCAAAAUGCAGUCUGCACUAGCAGCACUACGGCUAUCUGAAUAUACACGAUACAGAAACUAAUAAAGACAAAAAAUGUUAAUUUCCAAACGUA